AUGGAUUUUGUGGAGUCUGCAGAUGGAGUAAAUGAGGUGAGGAUUGAAAAUUUGGAUAGUUUUUGUUCGUCUGGACAGAGGGUUUGUAUAGCGUUAGGAUUGUCAUGGGCUAGUUGUGUUAAUUCGAGGUUGUUCUUGUCCAAAUAUGAAUAUGAGAGUGGAUUGGUGUGUGGUGGUGAGAAUGGUUCUGUGUCUAGGGAAAAGAGGAGACGACUUCAUGUUGUUUUUGCGCCACAUUUGCCUAGUUUGUCUUGGGAUAAAGCGUUGAUAAAAUCGACUAAGAAUCAGAUCGAAGUGAUAAGAAGAAAGAGGAAUGCGACUUUGAAGUUUUUGAAGAAAGAUAUGGCUGAUCUCCUUGCUAAUGGACUCGACAUCAAUGCUUAUGGCAGAGCUGAGGGACUUCUAGCUGAAUUGAACCAAUUGUCUUGCUAUGAUUUUGUCGAGCAAUUUUGUGAUUUCGUGUUAAAGCAUCUUUCAGUCCUGCAAAAGUUGAGACUAGGUUUUGGGGCUGUCAAGAGUCAGGAGUACUGUACUCUUAUCUACAUGCACUGUCCUGAGGACUGUAGGGAGGCUGUUUCAUCCUUGAUGUUUGCCGCUGCAGGAUUGAACAAUUUGCCAGAGCUACGUGACCUUAGAGAUGUGUUUUACGAGAGAUAUGGGAAUUCCCUGGAUUUUUUUGUGAAUCAAGAGUUUGUUGAAAAGCUAUCGUCAAAGUUAGUGACGACAGAGAAGAAAAUUCAUUUAAUGCAAAAUAUAGCAACAGAGUUCUCGAUAACAUGGGACUCCAAUGCAUUUGAACAGAGGAUGUCCAAAACCCCGAAAUCUAAACAGGACCAAACUAAAAUUCAUGGGUCUUUACACAGCAAUGAUGACAGAUAUAUGCUUAUUAAUGACAAGGAUACUGUCUCAAAAGAAGAUAAACAGGAUUUUCCAUCAAAAGAAAGGCUUGAGGAUAACCACGAUAGAUACAAAUUCGUCACCGACAAGGAGAGCACUGUCUCAAAAAGAAAUGAGAUCAAUUCUCGAUCCAGACUUGAUGCCCCCAGCACUGAACAUGAGCCAAUCAGGGUCAGGGGAGAAACUAUCCUUAAAAGGGACAACCGGGACAUUCUAUUCCAGGGAAGGCAAGAAGCCGCCACAGUGGAGAAGGAUCAACCUUGGAAGGAGGAUACUCCCCUGAAGACAGUUAGAUUAGGUGGUUCAUCUCAAUGGAAAAGAAUGGAAAGUGUGGAUGGUGGAUUGAAGCGGCGAGAUGGCAGGGAGAAUACUGUGCCCAGAAGAGAUGGCACGGACACAACAAUUCCUGGAAAACCAGAUAUUGCUCCCAGUUAUGCAGGAUUAUGGUCUAAGAACGAUGGUAAAGAUUUUUUGGCAGCGCACAACAAUUAUGGUGGCCAACACAAAACAGAAUAUUCAAAAAGAGGUGUUCUGGAGGAAGAAGUACAUAAGCUGAAACCCUACUAUAACAAUGCUAUCCCUCCUCCCUACACAAAAACUAAUGCUAAACUGACUGAUGCCAGACAUGGAGCUACUAGUGUAGGAACUUCUCAGAUUGGUUCUGACUUUAAUGCAGCUACAAAAGAUCCUUCAAGGGAUAACAUAGCCAAUUCUUGGAACAGCUCAGAGAAAUUCCUACAAGGAUUUAAUCAUCCUGACCAUGAGAGGCAGAAUGUUGGACUUACAAGAGAAAAUGGUCAUGGAAUUGAGAAACGUAAUUAUUAUCAGGAUGACGGUAUCAGUAACCCCAUUCCAAAACCAAGAUCCAUGAGGAGGAGACACUCAAAGUCACACUCCAGUCAUGAUGAUGCUGGCAAUUCAGAAGAUACAGGUGGUGUGAAGAGAAGGUCAAGAAGCAGGAGAAAGGAUGACUCAAGAAAAGGCCUGCAAAUCUUGUUUGAUGAUGAUCGCUGUCAGAAUGAUGAAGAGGAAAGGGUGAUAGAUAAACUUUUGAUACAUUACAGCAAGAAACCUUCUGCACAUGAACCUGGAAAGGUGAGAAGAAAGUCAAAAAGCCGUCAUGCGCAUCAGCAAGGCACUGAGGCAGAUAGAUCUCCACAGCAUAUCAGCAGGGACAGGCCUGAUGAAAUCUCAGAGAUGGUUCCUGCACCUCCCCGAUCCAUUUCACUUCCUCGUGAACAAACAAAUUCAGCAGAGGCAAGGAAAGUGUUUACUCGGGCUGCUUCCUUUCAGCCAGAUAGGUCAAGCCCAGCUCGGCAUGUGCAUCCUAAGUUACCAGAUUACGAUGACUUGGCAGCGCGUUUUGCAGCCUUGAAGGGUAGAGUUUCUUUUGCUGUCUUUAAGGGAAAAAAAGGGGCUAUGCUCCAAUUGUAUUGGCUGAAGCAGGUUUGGCCUUUUACUUGUAUUUCUGAUACAUGUUUCUUGGAGUGGUUCUUUUGUAUUCUGAUACAAUUGGGCUAUGCUCCAACUGUAUUGGCUGAAGUGAGUACCCCUAGCAGGUUGGCUUUUUACUUUGUGAUUUCUGAUCCUCCGCAGUUGGAGUAUAGCCCCCAUAGGUGA